AGACGUAAAAGAGGAUGUAACACGCUGGGAAAACACAAGUCAAGAAUGAGUGAAACAGAGCUUGAGAUCCUGCAACAACUCGAGUCUGACCGACAGCGACUGCAUAUGUCAUACUCUAACAUCGAGCACCGAGUGAAACCAGUGUGGAUGAAACAUCGAAAAUGGCUACUCUUCCUCUUUAGCUGCAUCUUACUUGCUGGCAUGGUGGGACUAAUCAACCAUCUGUCUCACCAUUUCCACACUGUUACUCCGUGUCUCUCUCCUGCCUGUCAGUGGGUUUCAGCCCGUCUCUCCACAUCUGCUGAUCCCUUCACGCAACCCUGUGAUUACUUUUUGUUCACGUGUGGAUCAGACAGACUUUUGCUGGACAGUGAAAGGCGACAAAGAAGUCAUGGUUUUACUUUACAUGCAGAAAACCAAAGAAAGUCUGUGCAGUCAAAGCAGGAACAUGGAGGACUAACAGAGAAUAAAACACUGAGCAGAAAAGCUGUGUUGCUGCAGUAUCUCAAGAAGAUUUUAGAAACAGACAGCAGGAUGAAUAGUUCAGCAGUGCAGAAGACUAAAGGAUUCUACAAUUCCUGCCUGGAUACAAAAUCUAUAGAAACUGCUGGCGCAGACCCCUUCCUCACACUCAUACAGAAACUGGGAGGCUGGGCCGUAUCAGGGCAGUGGAAUCAGACCGAUUUCAACACCACCUUGGGAUUGCUAAUGAGAGACUACAAUACCUUUCCAUUCUUCAACAUCUAUGUGGGCAAAGACCCUUAUGAAGCAGCACGUGGGAUUAACAAAAGAUACAUACAGAUUGAUCAACCUGAGUUGUUGAUCCCAAUUGAAUGGAACAGCAAGACAGAGAAGUCUAGAGCUAAAACUGAGACUUUACGUCCUUUCUUGGCCUCGUGUCAGCAAUACCUCGACCUGCUGGGUGCCCCGAAGAGCAGCAGCUUGAUCCAUGUGGGCUCUUUCGUCUCUCUGUCCUCUCAGCUUGCUGUGGCAUCUUCACCCCUGGACUCUCGCCUGUCCAAAGGACAGCUCUACCAGCGCAUGACCAUCAAAGAGCUACAGAGACAAGCCCCUGCUAUUGAUUGGUUGGGCUGCCUCCAGGCUGCUUUCCAUCCCCUGCCCCUCACUGCAGAUGAUGAUGUCCUUCUGCAUAACUUACCCUACAUCGUGCAGAUGUCCAACACCAUCAUCAAAUGGCAGAACAAGCCCGAAUUGAGCAACAGCGCUCCCCUUCAUACUUUUAUGGUCCUCAAUCUGCUGCACACCCUGAUGCCUGCCAUGGACUCCAGAUUUUUUGAAACAGCAAAGAACUUUUCUAUGGCUUUGGGUAACACUGAAGAGGAAGCUCCUCGCUGGAAACACUGUGUGCUGGAAACUGAGAGAGGAUUUGACUCAGUUCUCACACAUCUUCUCAGUGAAGUGACAGCACAGAAGGAGGCAGAGAAGAUUAUUCAAAGUGUUUUUCACUCCUUCAAGUCCAAACUAAAUGAGUUUGAGUGGACAGAUCAGACAUCUCGUCAGCUUGUCAUGGAAAAGGUUGAUUCUGCAAUACCAAAACUAUGGACUACAAAGGAGCCCUCUAGUGAAGCCAAGCUUGACCUGCUUUUUUCAGAGAUGAUAGUCCGCAACCAAAACUUCUUCUCCAACUAUGUCCAGCUUCUAUCCCUGUGGCAGAAGAAACGCAUUGAAGUCCUGAUCACCGAGCCUGAGGAUAUUGAUAUACUGUCUGUCACACCAUUUCUCUUCGGUAAAAAGCUCCUCUUUCCCAUGGGAAUGUUUGUACCUCCACUUUUCCAUCCAACCUAUCCUAGAGCCAUUAAUUAUGGUGCAGCUGGUUUCCUUGUUGCUAAAGAUAUCCUCCACCUGCUUCUGCCUGACAUUUCGUCUCAAAGUAAGACCGUGCAUGCUGUGGGUGAAUGUGUGUGGACUCACUACCUCACAGUGUCAGAAAAGGCAGGCAGAGGUGGAGGGUUUCCACUGUCAGCAGCACAGCAACAGGAGGUGUGGGUGCAGUAUACUGCACUGCAGGUAGCGCUGCAGGCUUAUCAUCAGAAUCUAAUGCAACAGCCUAAUGACACGUCUCUCUCAGGAAUCUCAUAUACUCGCUUGUUCUUUAGAUCCUUUUCUCAGAUUAACUGUGAAGCUGAUCCAUACCGUGACUCCAUGCCUUUUAAACCCUCCUUCUUGAUCACAGUCAUUUGUGCCAAAUAUAACCUGUGUCCUACAAGCCCGCAGUGCUCCAUUCAAACCAAGCAGAAUUCAUUACAAGCAUGCUGACCAGUCUCCUCUGAUUUGACAUAAAAGGUGUACCUACCAUAAGUAGGCUACAACCCAAAGCACACUUAUGUAUUUGCUUUUGUUGUAAUUGUUAGGUUGUGUCUGCAUGUUGUAUAAUUGCGCGAGCGGUUUAGUUUUGUUUGUUUUCAUUUUUUGAAAACUGUUGAAACCUUGUUUCCAGCUUUGCUUUCAGUGAUGAAAGUUGCCAGAAAGGGGACAUUGGAUCGAACAACGAAGUUCUCCUACUUAAAGAUGUUUUUGUUCAUUUAACUUUAACCAUCUUGAGUGGAAAAAGUAAAAGUUAAAUUCAAAAAUUGCCUCUUAUUUGAAAAUAAAAUCAUCCGAGAUGAGUGGGAAAAUGUAUCUUUGCUCAAACUUCAUAUAAAUAACAUAAACAUAUAAAAAAAAAAUCAAUGAAUUCUGAAAAAUAUCCCCACCUGACCCCCUGCAUGUAAGACAGUUCUGCAAAUUGAAGUACAUAAUUGUAUACAUAAGGAAUCAAAGCUAGAAGAUGAACCUAUCAAAAUGUAGUUAGUAGAAGCCCUUCAUAUGCCAUAUGCACCCAUCUGCCCCACAUGGUAAUAUGACCUGAGAAAGAUGACCCAAAAUUUCCUCUAGUUAUUAUUAGAAAACACAUAAAACAUCAGGAUAGCAAUGCUUGUUUCUCUUCAGGGGUGUCACACAUAAGGCCUGGGGGCCAGAAUCAGCCCAACAAAGACUCUAAUCCAGCCCAUUAAAUGGCUUUGGAAAAUGUGAGAUUUUUAACUGUAUUUUAGAGCUUUUCUUCUCCCAUGGCAAUUCAUACUACACCAAAAUGAUUACGUUAUAGAUUUAUGUAUUUUACACCUUUAUUUCUUACCAUUUAGGCCCAAAGAAUCAUCUUGAGAGAUUUCUUUCAUUUACUACAGCAGCAUUUCUUUAUUAUGUGGAAAAAGUGAGGUGUACUUUUAAAAUUGCACUUCUUUUUCUUUUUCUCUACAUCACAGACAUUAAACUAGUGCAAUUUCACUUUUUAAACUAGGAUUUAUCCCAUGAUGUUGAUGCUCAAAGUUGCUUACACACACACACACACACACACACACAAAAUAUGUUGAACAAAAGUUAGACUCUGGCUUCAGAAUGUUACACUUGGAAGUGGGUUUAAAAUUCAUUUGGCUUCAUUUAGGUGAGCAAACAUGUGUUUUUGAGCCCUGAAAUGCAGUGACUAAAAAUAUCUGGUUCAUAGUAACAAUAUUGCUGAUAAUCAGUGUUUGUGUUUAUUGUAUUUUUCCAUCCAACUGCUUAUCCAAGGAUAGGAUGGUGGGGGUGCUGGAGGCAAUUUUAACUCUUAUGAGAUGAGAGGCAGCAUAUACCCUUCACAGUCUUCCAGUCCAUCAUAGGGCUAAUAUAGUUACACUCAAUUCAGAAUGACUAGUUAAACUGACAGGGAUGUCUUUGCACUGUGGGAGGAAGCUGAGGAACCAAUAUUUCUGUUGCUAUCAUUUAUUUGUCUUUAUCGCCUAUAGGUACAUGUCAUGUAAUGUCUAUUUUUAUCAAAUGCAUGCACUCAAAAUAAAGUAGUCAAAAAAACCUA